GGACUAAAAGAUAAAGACCUGCCAAUGGAAAUUCAAAUGAUUGGUCAGGGUGUCGAUCCUGACCAGAGCCAUCAUAAUAAAAAUGAAGAAAAUAUUAACGAACAACAAAAUCCCCGGGGGGGGGGGGCAGGCCGCCUCUCCCCCCGUAACAAAACGUUUCGAGGCCCUGGAGCAGCAGGUGUCUGCUAUGCACGAACUGCUCCAGGGUCUUGCUGCUGCAAAUCCUGCUGCAACACGAAAAAGAGGUGGCGGGAAAAGCAAAGAGCGAUGGUAUUCCCGCCACCGACAACAAAAACAGCAGCAGGUAGGAAAGGAGCAGCAGCAACAACAGCAACGACGAGGCCGUGGGAGAGGCGGUAGGCCCUCCCGAGGAAAAGUUUUAAGAUAAAUCUAUCUGUCCUCGAAAUUAUC